AUGCGUGAUGAUUCUCUUUUCUUUGGCCUUUCUGACAAUUUAUUUGUUUUCUGCUUUCAGUUGGCGGGCUGUCCUGUAGCCAAGAAGCUACUUCCACUAGUCAGCCUACAGCCCAUUCAGCCAGUUCGCUCUCCUCUCAGCAACCUUCUACCGCAGGCCAGUGCCGCCACUAGCAUGACCGACACAACUGCUAAGACAGAAACUAAUCAUGAGUCAACUUCAAUCAUACCUACUUCCUCCAUGAUUGUUUGUACAAUGUCUCUUGGUGCACCGUCAGUUGCCACCACAACCAGCACCAUUGCCUCUGCCAAGCCCACUUCUUGUGACGUCGGUCCGAUGAGUGGGGUCAUAACAGAAACAGUAUCUGUUUCUGUGGCUUUAAGUGGCCAGAGGCCUGCUGCCAGGCCUCGAAUGAGUAGCAAUACACGAAAACAGCGCUCAGGCGGGCGUUACAAAAGACCGUCUAGGUGGGCAUGUGGCCAUGGGGAUCUUGGCCCAGCUGGGGAUGAGUCGGAUGAGGGAAAAGAGAACCAAGAGAAGGAGGGAGAAGAAGAGGAGGAGGAAGAAGAAGAGGAAGAUGGAGAGGAAGAUAGGGAUGCGGAUGCAGAAGACGAGGAAGAGGAAGAGGAGGAAGAAGAAGAAGAGGAAGAAGAAGAAGAGGAAGAAAACGAAGUUGAAGACACGGGUGAACAGGGACAGAAACAGGCCCAUGAGCUAGAUAUACAGAGAUCUGUUACUACAGGUAAAGCAGCUGUGACGGAUGGCAAAGUUCUUGUAUCUGAAGAACCGAAUUUAAUUGGCUCUUUUGGGCAAGCGUGGCAGAUGCUAGUUGAUCAGCCGAAAGAGUGUCAACCAGCUGUAGUUAGUCUCCGCACUCUUGGAACGCGUCCAAUCUGUCUCACAUUAGCCUUCACAGGAAGCAAUUCAGCUCCUGGUAUCGCAACUGUCACCCCAAGUAACAACAGUUCUAUAGCUACCGCCCAACCACCAUCCACUUUCGGAGCAACUCAUUUGCCAUCAAGUAAGUUAUCAGCCAAUCGCUCUUCCUCUUGUUCAGUCUCCUCGACCAAUGCGACAGCGUUAACCGGCGUCAUAGACCCCGAUCAGCCGGUUACCGGUACUUGCCCUAUGGCCUCUGCUCUAAUUCCUCUCUGUAUUCCAACAAAGCCUUCGUCUCUUCUUCACUCUACUUCAACACCGACUUCGUCAAUUCCCCUCGGGCCGACCAAAAAUUCAGUUGCUUGCCUCUCCAGUGGUGGUCAUGGAAUUGCCUGUACAUCGUCUUGCUCCGACUCUGGAGGCCUUAUCUCGAUUCUCCCCACACUCACAGGUCCCAGCUCCUUCCGUCUCACUGGGCCAGGACUCGGAUCACUAGGCACUGUGGCCUCGAUAACCCCAUUUGCUCCGGGCAUCACUAACACUACCAUACUUGCCAAACAAAGCGCUUCUAGCGGUGAUAAUGCCACUAGCAAAGUUUCCUCUACUACCAUUCUCACUAACUCUUCUAUCAGUGGUCAGUUGACUAGCUCUUCUACCUUGCAACAGACCGCAGGAAGCAACGAUGUAAUUUGUAGUGGAGCUCGCACUAUCUUGAUGGCGCCGUUCACACUUUCGGCCGGCUCGGCGCUGUCCCGAGUUGGACAGGCUGGUGCACAAAUUCUUGUGGCAUCAACCCCUUCAGCUACACCGAUAGUCUCCUCCUUAUCUCCAUCCUCCUCUCCCUUCGCUUCCUGUUCUGUGACCUCUUCUCCUUGUCUUGGCUCAAUUACAAGCUCGAGACCAGGCUUUCCAGGCCGGCCGCUCGGCAAUAUUCCUGGGACUGCAACAUUAAUUACUUCGGGUCGGCCUCAACUUGCCUGCCUAGAUAUUAAUAAAGCGUCUCAAUUAUCUCGACAGCAGAUGACUCUACUUCCACUAGUGAGCGGAGCCUCUGUAAGGCCGAUUUUCGUUUCACCUCCUGUCUCAAAUACUGCACUCACCACACCUACUUCAUUGGCACCCCCAUCUACAUGUUCCUUUGUUUCGACCGAGGCAAUGCUCCCUGACUCGAGUCUCGCAGCAGCUCUCGUUGCAGCGGCAGGCGCCGUACCUCAUUCAAAUUGUCCUGUCGCUCAGAUCUUGUCACCUGGGCAACUUGUUUCAACAUUACCACUUCAUGAGAGCCAAACAAAUACCCCAAAUUCCACCGCUCUGCCGAGUCUUGCUUGCCUUGUUAGGACCUUACCGGAGACAGCCGGGCGUCUUUUAAAGCCCUCUCCAGAAACGGAAUCCAACACAGGGCCUUCCAAUGCCCAACUCGUAACAAGACCAUGCACUCUACCAGGGUUCCUGUUUCCAAGUCGCGGCCUCCAGACCCCAGGUCUCGUGAUCGGUGCUGCACACAACAGCACGGCACUAGCCUCUCCGUCAUCCAUAACUACGACAACCGGACAGACUUCUCUAUUACUCCCCGUUGCGGCGACUCAUACCGGCCUCACUCUGGCCAAUGGAGCACAGACUGCAUUAUGCCUCUCUGAGCCGACGAUAAUAAAUUCAUCGCCCGGAUUCUGGUCAAGUUUGUGCUAA